AUGGUUUCCGAAGAAAUCGAGAAGAAAGCGUCUGUUUUUCACGUGGAAGAUGCCAAUUCCGUGGAUUUGGUCGAAAACAAGGAAUCUUUGCUAGAAAAAGCUCGUCAAGGUAGUGAAAAUGAGCAUGAACUCGGGUUCAGGAAGGCAGUGGUUCACCACAAAAAAGCGAUUUUUUGGGCCAUGGUGAUGUCUGCUACCAUUAUUAUGGAAGGAUACGAUACCAGCUUGAUGUCUUCUUUUUAUGCGUAUCCUUCAUUUAAGGAAAAGUAUGGGGUUCGAACUGGAGACGGAACCUAUGAACUUGAAGGAAGAUGGCAGGUUGCUUUAGGAUGUGCUUCUUCUGUGGGAACUUUUUUUGGAGUUUUGGCCAAUGGGUACUUGACAGAAAGGUUUGGGCAUCGCCGUGUUAUCAUGGGUUCUUUAAUUGUAAUGUCAGCGUUCAUUUUUAUUCCAUUUUUCGCACCUUCGAUUCUGGUGCUCUUGGUGGGACAAGUUAUGUGUGGGCUACCAUGGGGAGUAUUUGCAACUAUGGGGCCCUCCUAUUCGUCUGAAGUGUGUCCUUUGUCCUUGAGAGGGUAUCUUACUGCUUAUGUGAACAUGUGCUGGGCAAUUGGACAAUUCGUGGCCGCUGGAGUUCUCAAGGCAUUGGUUGCAAAUUCCACCCAUUGGGGGUACCGGAUUCCAUUUGCAAUUCAAUGGGUAUGGCCGAUUCCACUUUUCGUGUUGACGUAUCUUGCUCCAGAUUCUCCAUGGUGGUUGGUGAGGAAAGGAAGAAUCGAAGAUGCAGAAAAAGCGGUCAAAAGACUCAGUUCCAAAACGGUUGCGAACGAGGCCAAAGACAGAGUUGCACUCAUGAUCCACACCAAUUCGUUGGAAGUUGAGCAGGAAAAUGAAAACUCGGCCGACUUCAAGGGCUGGAAGAGCUACGUUCAGUGUUUCCAAGGCACAAAUCUCAGACGAACCGAAAUAGUGUGUUUGACAUUUUCCGGCCAGAUCUGGUCGGGGUCUUCCUUUGCCUACUCUCCAACCUACUUUUUCUCCCAAGCUGGCUUGAAUCCUCAAGACACUUACAAAUUGAAUCUUGGAGUCACCGGAGUAGCAUUUACAGGGUGCAUUGUUUCGUGGUUUCUUCUUUCUCGGUUUGGUCGUCGCACCAUCUAUGUCACCGGCUACUCGAUUUUGACCGCUACACUUUUGUUAAUUGGAAUCUUGUCGUUUCCAGCUCAGUCCCACAGUGGUGCAAAAUGGGCCCAAGCAGGGCUUACUUUGGUGUGGGUAGCUACUUAUUCGCUGACAAUUGGACCGUUGGCUUUUACCAUUGUCAGCGAAAUGUCAGCUACUCGUUUGAGAGCACAAACUAUAGCGUUGGCUCGCGACGCUUACAACUUGACUCUGAUCAUUUCUCGGGUGGUGGAACCGUAUCUUAUCAAUCCGGGAGAGCUCAAUUUGAAAGGAAAAACUGCGUUUGUUUGGUUGGGAACUGCUUUGGUGGUGCUCACAUGGAGUUUUUUUCGGCUUCCAGAAACCAGAAACAGAACAUAUGAGGAGUUGGAUCUUCUCUUUGCAAGACGGAUCUCGGCGAGAAGGUUUGGAAAGUAUGAUUUGACCCUGGAAAGUGUCAUUGGUAUUGAUGUGGAGACCCGAAAGGUGGAUGAGUAA